AGUUGUUGCUGUAGCUGGGACUUGUCACAUGAUGGGAAUCAUAUGAUAGCGCUGGUUCCUGAGUUGUUCUACCGGUAUGAUCACACAAUAGGCAAAACACAGAAAGCAGCAAUAUCUGCCAUCAGCAGAUUGAAAGAGGAGUGUAAUCGCCGCUGAAAUUCCCAUCGGCCAAGCGACAGAUCAGCUUUUCACAACAAACACCAUGAAACACCCCGGGCACAGAUACUACUCGCUUCUGGUUGUGGUCUCGUCCGUCGUAUCAUAGCAAGUCUCAAUGUCCAAGGAAUUUACAUACAAUUACCUUGAAGUGAACCACUAGAACAGGCAAUGAAGGCUUCAACUGAAUAUCAUCAAAAGGAUAACACCCCCUUCUUACUCAACAACAAAGGUUUGGUGCUUGGUCAAGUCAGCACUGUUCCUACAGUUCCACUUGGUUCUACACUAGUGACCACUUUGCCUAACACAACUGAUGGCAUUAACAUUACCAGCAGCACGACACAGGGAAUUAACGCCACAUCAGCUCACUUUUCAGGGACAGUCACAUCCAUUUCUCCAAACUGUACAGUUUUAAACAUCUCUAAUUGUGCUGGGUGUUCUCCAGGGCAUUUCUCCAAUAAUGGGUCCCUGAACUGCUCCUGCUGUUCUGAUGGGUUCUGCCUUGCCCCAGAUGAUUGUCUGAUGUGCCCACAGGGUUAUUACCAGUCUCGGGCUGGACAGAUGACUUGUUUGCCUUGUUCAAAAGGUGCUUAUACGAAUUCUACAGGGAGCACAGAAUGCCAAUCCUGUGAAUCUGGGUUUUAUGCCAAUGAAACUGGUUCCAAAUCCUGCAGAGCUUGCCUUCCAGGUUACUUUUCUGAGAAAAAUGCAACUGUCUGUGAGUCCUGUUCCCAAGGAUUAUUCUGCAACACAACUAACUGCAGCAAGUGUACACUGUGUCCCGGUGGGGAGGAAGCUCUGUCUACAGCAGCAACAGAGUGUACGCCGUGUCGACCAGGAAUGCACAAACAACCAAAAGAUCUGCUCUGUAGAAUGUGUAAAACUGGGUAUUACCAGAUAAUGAUGGGACAGGAGAGUUGUAGCCUAUGUCCUGAAGAACAUUAUUGCCCUAGUCCAGAUGUAGCUCCAAUCCGAUGUCCAAGUGAUGCAUUUUGUCCAGCUGGAAGUACUGCCCCUCAGUACUGCAUGGAGACAUUCUUCUUCAAAUCAGGAGAUCACUGUGUGCUGGCACCACUGACCAUAUUCCUGCUUGUGGUCAUGUCACUAAUUAUUUUGCUGAUAAUCUCUGUAAUAAUUGUUCGUCACAAAAAGAAAGUCAGACCAAUAGACUCCGUGCGAUCCCCAUUACUGAGUAAAGAGCAGUUCCCUGGGCAGGAGCCUCACCCAUCUUACGGAAUCUCCUGGGAUAGAGAACCGGUGUAUGCAGGAUGGUAACUGUGGCCCCACGAUUCUUUCAGCACCAGGGCUAGGCUCACGAUUGGUACACGAUGCACAAUUUCUUUCUAAAAAAAAAAAUGAAGAAAUGAUGCUCAUCCAAAUGUGUAUCUUCUGAACUGGGAGUUGGAGUCUUGUGGAACCACACAAUCCUCUGAUUCAUUACAAAUCUUUGAUGCAUUCUGGAUCACGAGCAAUUUCUUAAAUGGUGUCUUUUGUUGCCCAUUGUCACCUGUCUCGUUUCCUUUAGAAGAGAGGGACAAUUGAGUCGUUUGUCUGACAUGGUCUAUAAUGUUCACUGGUGAUGAGGUACUUUCAAUGUGAUCAGUCGACCGGACUGGUUUGUUGCAUCCUUCUUUGUGACGAUGCCAUCUAGAAGACCAGAUGAAACCCGGUGGCGUUCCAUGGAGUUGAACAGCUGUUACCAGUUGUCUUGCAAAUAGAAUUUCUGGCUGGAGGUUAAUGGCUCAUCCUUGUGCCACCAGGGCAUCUCAAAGUCACCUCAUCAACUUUUUGUUUGCUGAAGAAAUUGCACCCAGAACUGUACAUAAUUCACUUGUUUUGAGAGCCUAGAAAGUUAUGAGACACAAAAUUUAAGAUGAACAGGGUUAACAAUUGCAUUUUGCACUAAUGUCUUUUAUCUUAACAAAAAAACAUUGGGGUUUUUUUUUUGGUACUAGAAUUUUUCUGUUUUGAGUAAAAAUUUACUGACAAACUACUGGAUGCACCUUAACUACAUUUUUCCAGGCAGUAUCUAUUCAAAAAUACUUUGUUUUUAUUUUGGAAGUUAUGAUGGGGUGCUACUUAUCUAACUUUGUCUGGUACAGUGUUCUUCCAGGAAGUAACUGAAUGAAGCAUAGAACUGUGCUCCCAUGUUAUUAAUGGAUCGUUGGUACAAAGUGAACAUGUGCAGAUUUCACUAAAUUUUCUUUUUGGAACCAUCACUGUCCAAAUUGUAACUUUUUUUCCCCCCCUGGUAAGCUGGAUUUUAAAUUUGCUCUUCUGAACCUUUUUAUAUAAAAUGUUGUUUAUGGAAUGUUUAAAUGUAAAUUAGUUUGCAGUAAAACUCUGGCCGAUUGUAUAUUUAAAGCGUGCUGUAAAGCGAUAUAAUAGCCUGUAUAGAUGAGUGGGGAAAGGAUUGUCUUCCUUGCCCCAUGUCCAUUUUUCCUUUUGGAAGUUGAAAGUUUUUCAAAUGUGGAAGUGCCAAGUCAACUGCAAAUGUGCUGUUCGCUCUUCAUUGUUGGCUGCAAUUAGAUCUGUGAAGGACCCAGUUUACCUUCGUAGAUUCCCACUUAUUUAUUUUGUGGAUUUUUCAGGUUGAAGUGUAAACUGGAGUGAGUUGGUCAGUGGGGCUGGGUGUCUGAUAGUGUCGCUCUCAAAAAGUGGGAAGUUAUUACAGAUGCACUAUCAGAACUGCACGCUUCAAUAAAUCAAAUUUUGUUUUCUAUAGUAACUUGCAGGCAUUGAAUGGAUUUCGCUGGCUAAAAUUAAUUGAGCAAAAUUUCUUCCCCGUUUUUAAAAAAAAAAUCUUCUCUCUUCCCUCUCCUCACCUUCCAAACCCUGCUGCACCCAAACACCCACACCAGUCUCUUCAAACCUCACAUCAUUAAGCAAUUUCUUAUUCCUGUUUUUUGUCCAUGUAAGUCACUGAACUCAUGUGACUCACUGUACUAUUGAUCUGAGAUCUUACAAAAUUAUAUUUUUAUAUAGUUGGGAAUCCAUACAUUUUGGGAGGCAAAAUAUGGCUUUGAUAUCACUUAACCUGAAAAACUGAAAUGGAUACUAUAUUAAUAUCAGUACAGGUAAUUGUGUUUUUGGGAUGUUUGCAUGUUUAACUGAAUUCACAGCUGAAUUUUUGAUACCUCCAGUGACAUCAGUGCUGACUGUUUAAGUAGAUUUUUUUAAAAAUUGGGAUUGAGAAGAGGAAGUGAUGGUUCUCUAACUCUGAUUUUUAAAUUUGGUGCAGACUCUAAUGUUGACUCUUUCCACUAAGGUGUGCCUUGAAUCCUGUAGUGAAAUGCUUAAUAUUUUGAAUUGUAAUUUUUUAAGAAAAAUAAAUGCUGUGUAUGUGAAAUGACCAAA